AUUGAGAGACACAGCCAGCGCAUUUCCUCGUCAGCGCAGUACUCGGAACUUUCAUGUCUGAAGGUCAGUCACCCACCACCGCGGCGGAUACCAGACAUGUGCACUUUUUUCGUGAGCACCCCGUCAUGGGCGUCAACUACAGGCCCACAAGGCUCGUCGAGAAGUUGCCCCAUUUGCGCGUGUGUGACGUCUGCCGCAUGGUUCCAAAGUUGAUACAGCUGUUGCCGUGCGAUCACGUCCUGUGCGUAGUGUGCCACAAAUCCAGUUGCGAAGGCGUCGAAGGGAUUUCCCCUAAUGGGCGCUGUCCCAUGGAUGGAAAAUCGUUCUCAACGUUGGAAUGCAGGGGCCACGACUUUCGCGACAUGAAUCCAGGCGACCUGAAGGUCUACUGCUGGAACGAGGCUAACGGAUGCCAGUUCGUUGGGCCCAUGGAAGAGAUGCUGCGCCACUACGACAACGACGAAUGCCAAUUCCACGUGGUUCGCUGCUUCCGAUGCGGCGCUCGCGUCCUCCACCGGAAGCUCUCCGCGCAUUACUUGUCCGCGUGCAAUUACGCUCUCACUUCCUACGGCGAAGACUACGCUUCUUCGGACUCCGCGGCGACGAUUGUCAGAAUAGUGCAUGCUUCUCUGAAAAAAAUGAACGCGGUUCUGACGAACCCGCACCACUACCAGCUAGAGUCGACCUUCCGGAACUGGAUGAAAGAGCUGGUCCAACAGUUGAGAGAACACGAAUCCCGCUUGGCAGAGUUGAGUCGCGAGGUGAAGGCACCGGCACAGCCCGGGAGUUCUCGGGCUUCGGCUCCGACUUCACCCGUGACGGAGUACCAGCCGAGGAACUUGGGCGACUUAUUGGAGGACGCGGCGUACAUGCGACUGUACCCUCCGAUCUUCUUCGCCGAUUUGCCUUCGGACCUUAUGCAAGCUAUGCGACCGACUUCCCUCCAGGUGUACCCACAGCACGCCUUCUCCAAGGACUCGGUGCGGGGCGUUCAGGGUAUUCUGUAUUUGGCCGAGCCUACGCUGACCACGCGCAGUUGGUCGGAAGUCCGUGGUCCGGCACGGUACCUGCUCACCCUGAGAAACUGCGACACCGAUGUACCGUUGAAGGGAGAGGACGUUUUUCUCGCCAAGGUUACCGUGUUGCACACGCUCAACUGUUACUUUACCGUUGAAGUCUCUGUGGGCUACCGGUUGAUCUAUGUGCGCGUUGAGCUUCACGGGGCGGGCGCGCAGGGACCGCAGGGCUCGUUGAUUUCCCUUGGGGUGACGGUGUUCGACGGGCAACCCACCAACGGCCUUCAGAUGUCCUAUUGCGAAGAUCCGUGUUUUUGUAAGCGUGACGCAGACCGAUUGCUGCACUUCCGCCGUACCUACACGGGAAACGUAUAUUACCUGAAAAGGAAAGGUUUCUUUCGCGACCGAACGAUGCAGUUCCAGAUCGAACUCACGCACAACCAAACUGCGCGUUCGUAACUCUACAGCGCCUAGCUCAAGUUUUAGUCAUUGCCUAUCUCUUAUUAAAUCAUCGUAUGUCCAUUUAAAUUGUGACGCGUGCGUUUAGCAUGAUUUUAGCGAAGUGUUGACUGCAGUUCAAUAAAGUGGUGGCUGCGAAAA